CUUCUUUUCUUGUCUGUUACAGUUCUGUUGCUACCGUUCCUUUAUGAAUCGCAGAAAAUGUCAUUAGAAAGACAGGCACCCGUGAUCAUCAUCACUGGCACUCCAGGGACUGGAAAAUCUACCCACGCCCAAUUGCUCGUCAACGAAUCUCCUGUACCUCUGCAGCAUAUCAACAUCAGCGACUGGGUCAAGGAAAAGGGUCUUUAUGAGGACUAUGAUCCCGAAUGGCAGACCUAUAACGUUGAUGAAGACAAGCUUCUAGAUGAGUUAGAACCUCUGGCAUCGGCAGGAGGCAUCAUUCUCGACUGGCACACAUGCGAAGCCUUCCCUGAGCGAUGGGCCGACUUGGUAGUCGUAUUACGGUGUGACCACUCGCGAUUAUGGGAUCGACUGGAACAAAGAGGUUACUCCCUCAAGAAAAUACAAGAAAACAACGAGGCUGAGAUCAUGCAAGUUGUUCUUGACGAGGCUCGAUCAUCGUACGCAGCGGAAAUAGUCGUUGAACUUAAUAGUGAAAGCACUGAAGACCUUGAGGCCAACGUCGCACGCAUAGUGGAAUGGAUUAAAGCUUGGAGAAGGGACAGAGGCUUGGAAUCGAAUUAAAUUUAUUCCAUUUACGCAGACUACUCAUCGCCCGGUAAAUACCCACCCCCGUGCUCGUUCCAAAGGAUAACCAUGGGGGAGUUCUGCCUCGUGCUUGAUUCGAGUAGGCGUUUUCUUCUUGCCCUCUGCGAUACGAACCUUUUCGAAGUAAACAUAACUGUAGCUCGGUUAGCGGGGAACGAGCCUUUCGUUGAUGUCACGUACGCUGCAUAGUAGGUCCCAUUGGAAGCACCUCCAGUCCUUCCUUUUUCUUUCACUGUUACUAAUAAUCAGUAUGCACAUUACGCGACUUACCAAUGGAAAAUUACAUACUGAAUCGUGAAUACGAAUUGUUAUUUAUUCCACCGAUAUCCCUGAGCCACUGAGUAACCUUCCAUCCAGGGGUCUUCUGCAAGAGACCAAUUUUCCGUCGGAUUUCUGCACAAU